GAGGAGGCCAGCCUGGAGUCAUGUAUUAUUGAUAAUGAUGGUGAUGUCUCUUUAACCAGAGCGCUGUUUGACACCCUGUGUGUGUGUGUAUGUGUGUGCGUGUGUGACAGAGGGUGGGGAGUCCUCGGCGUUUCAUGUCGGCUUUUACCCAUCGCUGCCCGUGACGCCACCGCUGCCUGCUGGGUGAGGAGAUCUGGUUCCCCUCCAAGCCAUUAUUUAAAGGAUUGUGUUUUUUUUUAUCCUCCUCUUCCUUGGAUUGGCUCCAUCUUGUGUCUUUGCACCUGCAAGUAUCUCCAGCUGUCGCCCCCCCUCCCCCCUCCUCCUCCUCCUGCGUUUGGGUGAAUGGGACCCCCAGGCUGAGCCGGGAUCCCUGUGGAUUUCCAGCGUCUCGGGCUGUCAUCUCUGCCGUUCUGGGAUUCGGGAUGUUGGCGUGACCUAUUUCGGAGGCUGAUGGUCUAGUGUGGAGAUCGGGGGAAUUGUCGUCUUCGGACCCCCCCUCCUCCCUCUUUUUCUUACAAGGCCGGGACCCCCCUUCUUCAUACAAGGCUGGGGGGGGCUUCCAGGAAGGAAGGUGUGUGCGGCCCCCAUCGGUACCUGGUGACCCCCCCGGAGUCCGUAGAGGAAUGAUGCCGUGAGCUGAGCCGGCGCUGUUGACGCUGUCAACAUGUCUAACUCAAAUAACGGAGACACCAAGGCCCAGUGCUUGCCCCGUAACGGGCUGGUGAAGAUCCCCAGCCCCACCAAUGGCCUGGGCUCUGCCAGCAUCACCAAAGGAACGCCAGCUGUCAAGAACCGAAUUUGCCAGCCCGCCUCAGUGCCAUCUAUUUUAAGUCAAGCCUUCCCCAAGCACACAGAGCAUGUCAAUCCUUCAGUGUUACCCAUUUUGCCACCACCUCCGACCCACACCAUCCCGCUGGGUCACAGCCCUGGAGAAGAAAACCCCCCUUUUCCUUGCGGCCUCUCCAUGGAGAGGGUUCAGAGCCUGGGCAUGGACUGUCACCUGGCCUUCGACGAAAAGAUCCUCAACCGGCUCUUCUGUUACUUCUCGGCCUGCGAGAAAUGCAUUCUUGCGCAGGUCAGCAAGACGUGGAGGCGGGUGCUGUACCAGCCCAAGUUCUGGGUUGGAAUGACCCCAGUUCUGCACGCCAAGGAACUUUACAACGUGCUGCCCUCGGGGGAGAAGGAGUUUGUCAGUCUGCAGGGGUUUGCGGUGCGUGGGUUUGACUCGUUUUGUUUGGUUGGGGUUUCAGACCUGGACAUCUGUGAGUUCAUUGACAACUAUCCCCUGUCUAAGAAAGGGGUCAAGUCUAUAAGUCUGAAGAGGUCAACAAUCACCGACGCUGGCUUGGAGGUGAUGCUGGAGCAGAUGCAGGUCGUGGUAAGAUUAGAGCUCUCGGGAUGCAACGAUUUCACGGAAGCUGGCUUGUGGUCCAGCCUACACGGACGCAUCACCUCCCUGAGCGUUAGUGACUGCAUCAACGUGGCGGAUGAUGCGGUGGCAGCCAUCUCUCAGCUCCUCCCCAACCUGGGCGAGCUCAACCUCCAGGCUUACCACGUAACGGACACUGCCUUGGCUUACUUUACUGCCAAACAGGGCCGGGCCACGCACACGCUGCGCCUUCACUCCUGCUGGGAGAUCACCAACCACGGCGUGGUCAAUGUGGUCCACAGCCUGCCCAACCUCUCUGUCCUCAGCCUCUCCGGCUGCUCCAAAGUGACCGACGACGGGGUGGAGCUGGUGGCCGAGAACCUGAGAAGGCUCCGAGGACUGGACCUGUCGUGGUGCCCCAGGCUGACGGACACGGCAUUGGAGUACAUCGCCUGCGACCUGCACAAGCUGGAGGAACUGGUCCUUGACAGGUGUGUCCGGAUUACAGAUACAGGACUGAGCUACCUGUCCACUAUGACAUCACUCCGCAGCUUGUACCUCCGAUGGUGCUGCCAGGUGCAGGAUUUUGGUUUGAAACAUUUACUGUGUAUGAAAAGUUUACGCCUCUUAUCUUUGGCUGGUUGCCCAUUGUUGACAACCACUGGCCUUUCGGGCCUGGUUCAGCUACAAGAUCUGGAAGAAUUGGAACUCACCAACUGCCCAGGUGCCACACCUGAACUCUUCAAGUAUUUCUCCCAGCACCUGCCCCGCUGUGUUGUGAUCGAAUAAGAUGCAGGAGCUGACCUUUUAGAACCGUAUCCUCCGAAAACCAUUCCCAGCACUGACCAUCUGAUCGGAGACUUUGGCAGUAGGGGUGGUGGGCUAACACAGCCGAACCAUCGAAAUGUUGACAAGCAAGGAGAACAAGAUCCUGGGAGAUACUUUACACUCCGGUUUGUGAAGACCUCAUUCCAUGUUCCGAAGAAAAAAAGGGUUGUAUAUUUCCCACGCCUCAUCUCUUGUCUUCUCUGUCGUGGACUGUUAUGAAACUCACAAGUAGAGCCGGCUCCCAUCUGAUAAAAAAAAAAAACCCCAUCAGCGUACUCUACAAGAAUUCUAUGGUGUGAGGUUGAGUCCAGCGCAUUGUGGAAUGUUGCUUCAAGUUCAGUGGUGGUCCUUCAUGUUUUGGUUCCUAAUGCUUCAGAAGAUUAUUAUCUUAGAUAGUCUGUUCCAGAGCAUUCGUUGAUUCUGGUUUUUGUUGAUGUUCUAAGUUUGGAGCCAUUACAGCUGACAAGAUUUAAAGAAGAACGAGGAAAUAUAUGAAGAAUUCUUCUCACGAGGCACUGGCAUCUAUGGAUGUGUUUCGUAGAAAGUAGGAGAAGUUUGAAGAAGGUUUUGCAUGGCUGUAGAAAAAGUCUCAAUGGCUUGUAUCAAGAUGGAGGGAUUAAGUCGAUUCAUAGAAACCCAUCCUAUAACACAGUCCCGUUUUUGACUGUUUUACACCUUUUGUCAACCCAUUUUCCCUAUGGUGUAAACAUUUCAGCAUUUGACCAUUGCUUCUAGCUCAGAAUUUCUAUAUUUUUCCUAUAGGCGUAAACCUCACAAUAGCUUUCUUGGCAUGAGUUCAGUCAUGCUGUUUAUAAUAAGGUGGUGGUAGGCAACUUGAGAACGUUGGUUUGUUUUGGCCAACACAAGGAAGGAUGAAGAAAUGCAUUGUUGCAUCACGUUCAGGUACAGAUUACCUACCACGACACUGGUCAGUCAUAAGUUGCCUUGGAUGGUCAUCCUAUGGUAGAUGAAGUCAUGAGUUGCCUUGGAUGGUCAUCCUAUGGUAGAUGGAGU